AUGACUGUACCGAUAACAAAUUCUCCUCUUGAGAAAACACCCUUGCUCGUUGGCGAUUCUCCAAACGAACUCAAAUUGAGUGUUAACCAAUCAGUCAAAGACGACCAGGAAUUGGAAUUUUCACAACAAGUUACAACAGUUGACAAGAAACGAAAUUCGAAAUGGAGACAGUGCUGGAAAUCUCUUGUGUUGUAUCUUCUCACCAUCAUUAUGGUUGUUGCCAAAAGUUGUGAUACUGUCUUGUACGUGAGAUUGACCUAUGAAAUUCAAAACUACAUUUACAUGCUCACAAAUUUUGUGAACGUGGCCUAUGUCAUUAUUCUGUUCCCAAUUGUGGUCUUUCAAAUAUGGAGAGGAAAAAUUACAAAAGCCAUGAGAGAAACUCGUCAAUACAAAUAUAUUGUCAUGGCCUUCCUUGACAAUGCCACGAAUACCUUGUCAACCAUUCCAGCAGCGUUUGUGAGUGGAAGUGUCAACACCAUGCUUUCUCAAGCUGUGAUUGUCCUUAAUAUUGCGUUCAGUUUUAUCUUUCUUCAUGCAAGAUAUAACUCCUUUCACAUGUCAGGUGUCAUUUUGGUUGUUUGUGGACUAGUAAUUAACAUUUAUCCUCUCUUCGCACAAGGUGUGUCCAUUUCCAAUGACGACACUUCCUCCAACAUGAACUGGUUAUGGGUCUUGUUAUUGUUUUCUUCCAACAUUCCAGCAGCGGCCAGUAAUGUCUAUAAGGAAAAGUGUUUAAAACAAGAACAGCUCGAUGUUUGGCUUGUCAAUUACUGGGUCUCUGUUUGGCAAGUGUUAUUUGGAAUUUUAACUUCGUUAUUUGUCUUUGUUCCAAUGCCAGGAACUUCAUAUACGGAUUGGUUUGGAAUUCCAGCAUAUAUUUGGGGAGGAAUUAAAUGCAGUGUUGGAGUGAAUACGAUUAUUGACGGAGCAGUUCCGGAUCGAUGUGAGGGGUUUCCAGCUGUGUUUUGGAUUGACUUAUUUUUUAAUUUUACCUAUGCCACUUUGGAGUUGUAUGUGUUCCAAUAUGGAAGUUCCACUCUUGCCGUCAUUUGUUCUUUCUUGUGA